AAAGAGAGUACUAAGAGAAGGCCUUGUUGCAUAGGGAGCAUUUGUCGCUGAGUUUCGGCGCGUCGGAGAGAGCAGUUUUGACAGCGGAGACGCUGCCGCUGUUGCCGCCACAAGCGAGGUACUCUUCCUCAACCACGCCAAACGCUAGUCCACGGGUGGAAGUACGGUGGAGUGGUUUGGGUUCGUUGCAGGGUGGAACGACCGUUUCUUCGCGACUGGUUUCACAAAAAAUAAGCCAGCAAAUCACUUUUGUUGGAGCGAAGAGGGGGCAGGUAUUCUGGAUCCGAUUUUUGAAUUGGAGUUGGCAGCUGUGGAUGCUUUGUUUUCUAUGAUCAAUCUAUGUUUGGCGGCAGAGUAAGGUGGUUGGGCUUCUCGGAGCGAUUCAAGUUUUUGACAACCUCAUUCUCCACCAAUGCCAAGACCAGUUACUCCUUUUGUACUUCAGCCAAGAACAACAACACCAACAAGAAAAACAAUUACAUCGCCGAUGAAAGGUAUCGUCAACUGGAGAAUCUUGACAUGAUGACCGCCGCAAAGAUUCUUUUCACUGAUCCCCCUAAGAAGAAGAAGUUUGGGUUUGAUUUCCAUCUUGUACAGUUUUUUUUUGCCUGCUUGCCUUCCUUGGCUGUGUAUUUGGUGGCUCAGUAUGCUCAUUACGAAAUGAGAAAAAUGGAGGUGGAUGUGGCGCAGAAAAGGAAGCUGAAAGAAGAAGAAGAAGCAAAGGAAAGAGAAAAGGAAAGGGAACUAAAUCCUCCUGAGGAAAAAUCUGAUCCGCAGCUUUCAGAGGUGAAAGUGAGACUUGAGAAACUGGAAGAGGUUGUGAAGGAGAUUGUGGUUGAAACAAAGAAACAAUCAAGCAGCAACCUAGCCAAAAACCAGGUUACCAUUGAUGAGAAAAAACACUCAAAUUCCCCUGCACCAAGGAACACAAGUACCCCUGAUUCUGCAUCAAAUAAAGCUGUAGAUGAAGACAAUCUUGGUAAGCAUAAUUCUCUCAAGUCAAAGCCAGAAUUACAUGAAGAGAGCAAGGAUUCAGUUGCAACCGCAAAUUCUGCUCCUCAGGAUCCCAAAGGCCAGAAUCAAAGUGGAGGGGCUUCUUAAGAAGGGAGCAGCUACAGUAAUUACACGGGGUAAGAUUGCGAUCUUGAAGUGGUUGUCAAAUGCCCAUGUGGAUAAAUAAGGGUUUAGGUAGUCAAGGGAAGUGGUGUCAAUUUCAAACUGGGUUUUAGGCUUUGGAGAUUUGGAAUUGAAUCCUCUUGGACCAACACUUGGGUGAGAACUGAGAACCAACACUGAACCAAAAUUUAGUCAGCUCUGUCUUCAGUUCCUAUGUGUUAAUUGAAACCGAAACCAGAGCAUUUUUUACUUUUGUUUGUGGCAACAGCUCUGAACUCUUGUCUAUGGUUGUGAUUGCAAACAGGUAAAAAGUUCAGUGUGUCAGUUCCAUGACCCUUUUUGUUGGUUUUUACUUUCA